AUGUGGACGGAGGAACCGGGCACCGUACGCGAGUGGCAUGGAGUGAUGACGAGCUUGGACAGGCGGCCUCGGCCCCCCAACUACUGCGCCUAUUUUCAGUAUCCAGUGGCUACAGAACGGGGUGCACAGGGGAAAGGACCGCGGGUCAAGUCCUCUCCUAUCGCGGGAGCUUUUUCCUGUGACGUUGUGGCUCGAUCUCAAAAUCUCGGGUCGGCGUAUGAGCCUCACUUGUUGGUGUCUGCGGGCUCGGGACCGGUGAGAGCUGCAACAGAGCAGGGAAGGGCCGACACGGUAGACGGGCGGGGUCCGGGACUUUUCGCUGACUCCAAAGAGGAUGGGAGUCAGCGCUCAUCUGCUGACCACAACCGUGUGCUGGUGCGGGCGGCUACGAGAGUGGGGACCGACAGAUCAGACGAUGAUCUCCGUUCGAUGAUUCUGCUUAAAGAGGAGGCUCUAGCGGCAUGGAUGAUGGGGGCUAUCAUGCUCCAGUCUCCGCCUGGAUUUUUGGUGUGCACGCACCCGAGGGCUACGCGAGUUGUAAUGCUUGAUUUUUUCGAAGAGUACCUGGAAUGGAAGGUCAUUGCGAUUGUCCCUCCGUACGUGCGCAUGCCUCAGUACAUCGCCGAGAAAACGUUGCUCCUCCAGCUCUUGGAACGCAGUGAGGGGCAGACGGAGUCCGAUGUCAUGAGUCGGGAAUUGGCCAAGGGCGCCAAGCGGACCAGUUACGAUGCCGAAACGAGGCGAAUGACUUUCGUUAUGCCGGAUCAAGCCGCAGCAGCAAGCUGGCAUGCAAAGAUGAUUUUUUUUCGCGGAAAGCGUCUUCAGCUGUUGUGCCCGGCCACUAUGGAGCACGAAGACAUUACUGCUCCUUCGCUACUAGCCACGUCAAGCGGUAGAAACCAAUUGCAAUACCAAGUCCGGAGUUUGGUCAAUGGAGUGGCGGCAAGCACGGUUCAACCUAUAUUGGCGUCCAGUGUGGCAUGUACAGUCACAUCCGUGUCUCGUGGGUGCCCACUCGGCUCGGAGGCAUAUGAUUCCCACUUUUUCGUGGCAACUUUUGACAUGGUGUCAUGUCCCGAGCAACUCAAGCUGUGUGGUGGACGCAAAGGCGCCUUCAAGUUCAGCAUCACCGAGAAUUUACUGCAUGUCUCUGGACUGGCGGAUACUUUGGUGGCAACUACGGCGAAGUUAAAGGCUGAUGGCAACAAGGCCCCACUGUUAAGUGAGGUCUCGCAGGUACCUCCUUGUGCUGGGCAGUCAUCAGUUCCGAACACGUCUCCGCUUGCCGGUGGACAGGCCGUUCGGGGCGGGGCUACUCGCGCCAGUGGUCCAAUGACAAACGAGUGGUUCGAUCCUGGAGCGAACAAGAAAAAGAGGGAUAUGCGCCCCGCAGAUGUUCCGGCUAGUCGGGCAACAGGACCUGCUGUGAAGCUACCCAAGCAUCCGCAGUUCAACAAAGAUGGAGGUGCAAGAAAGUCACCACUCCCGAAGUCGAAGGCUGUUGCCCAAACUAUUUCCACGAACACGGUCGCUGACAAAAAGAAACCACCUCAACAGACUAAGGCAACUGUUCGUCAAAAAGGGCAAUCGACCACGGUCCAUUCUUCGCCACCACCCUCCGCUUCUUCGAAGGCGGACACCCAGCGCACGCUGGCGAUUUGGGAACUGGACCACAUAUUGAGUGGUGCUCAUGAGGAAGUUGCAGAACCUGCACCGAUUGAUCCGGGGCAACCGCACAAAAAAACGGUCGAGGAACUUAAUUUAGCAGCCGAAGAGAAGCAGCGCGCGGCAGACACCACGAAAUCAUGCUACUUUGCGGCUCACGCUCAGGCACUCGAAGUGGCUAUUGCUACUGAGAAAACGAGUAAUAGAGAACCUACUUCUCCUGAAGAAAUCAGUGAAGAAUUGAUGAGGAUGGAGUACGAAUACCGCACCGCAGGUGCGACGGCGAACCGAGCGAAUGCAGAUGCAACGAUAACAGCGAAAACCCUCGAAAGACUGACACGACAAUUGGCAAAGAUUACACCGAAACCAAAGCCUGUGACCGAAGAUACGGCCCCACAAGAGGAUAGACCACCUCGCGAGAUGCCUACGGAGAUGGCAGAAAGAUGUAGAGAGAGGAGUCGGUCCAUGAUACAACGCUUGUCGGCUUCGUAUGUUCGCCGCAAACGGGGUGUACCAAGUGAGCCGAUCGAUAAACCUCUUGGUACGGUACCUACCGCGAAGGAGCCUCGUGAUCCGGGUCCACCGGAUCUACCGCCGAUGUGCCCCCCAGAAUCGGACGGGAAGCUUCCCCAAGAUCUCGAUGUUACUAUGGCGGAGAGCACGGUUACGUUCGGGAACACUAUGUGCUUGAAUGAUUUAAAUGGAGGGGCAGUUACUCCGCCUAUCUUUGCCGCUAGUGUACCUGUUCCAGCGGAUCUAGCCAAGGCAAUUGAGGAAGAGCUUAAGGCCUCGUCUAAAGUUAUCGACGUUUCCGACACGGGUGCCUCUAGUUUAUUAACACGUCCUACUGCUAGCAUGGGUGGUCUCUGUACGCAGGUAGCGGUCCGGUCCCCGAUGGAACAACGUCGCGCUCCCGAUCCUCACGAUCAGACUUUACGCGCAACAAGGAUUCGCAAAAUUCCAGAUAGCGCAUCUGCUGCGGUGGCGGCUGCUGCAGUGCCGGAGAGCAUGAAACAAAUUUCAUUGAACACAGCGGCGAUUCGCAAAUGGGUUAGCCUGCACAAAGCGAUGGCUGCACUACCGACUACAAUGCCAGUUGGACCUAAGGGACAAAUGGCCUGGAUAAACGCGUGCUCCUUGGACUUGGCGGGACUCGUCUGUGGACUACCUUAUCCUGUUGCUUACCUUGCCUCGAUGUCAGGUGAAACCCUACGGUCUCUUGGACAUUCCAUUAACAGUGAAUCUCAACUGGCUGUAAUUCAGGAACACACCACACACGCAGACGAAGAACUUCGCGAGCUGUGCAAGGGUUGGGCCGCCACGGCAGACGCGCAAACCGGUCAUAUUCGAUGGAGAACGACGGACGAUAUACAACGCUGGAGACGCUUUAGUAAGCUACAGCCCGAUUUGCUGUGCGCGACUGUCGUCGAACCGCUUUCUGACUUGGAUCAGUGGGGAGUCCUCAAUGUUCUGUGUUUAUUGCUCCCGAAGCUCGCACUUAUUGAGGUUAAGACGAACGUGGUAAUGCCGCAAACCAAGGCUGUACUAUAUCACCUCUCCAAAGAGGUGUGCGCGGCGGUGAUUAGCAUUAUAAGCACACCUUCCAACUGGCAGCCGGCCCUUGACCUUAUCGCUCAAGAUAGUCAACUGCUGGACUCUAGGUGCUGA